AUGACUAUUCGACUUGCCACCAUCAAGAUUCUUAUAUUGGUGCUGCUGUAUCGUCCAAGAGUUGCCUCCGCCCAGGGAGUUUGUGUUGGGACCGCCACAGCCUGUGAGGAGUUAUUUGGUCCCGAACCUUGCCCUGUCGAGGGCAGCGUGGACGGGAGUGGAGGCGACCUCCUUUGCGCUACGCUCGUUGACAAGUGCCUUUAUCUGUGCCAGAGACAAGACGUGGCCGGAUACAAUUCACCAUGUUCCUGUUUGAAUGCAAACUUUGGAUGCGACGAUGAAGGUGGAUGCAGCUUAGACCUGAUUUGUGAUGGCACUCCAGAGUGUACAGUUCUGACCAACGCAUUGGAUUGCUCCACUACCGAUGGAUGCGAGUGGGUAUCAUCCGAUGAUCCACCGGUGCCAAUACCCACCAAUCUGCCUACCAGCAGCCCUGCUGACGCCAUUGACUCGGCUCGGCUUCAGGCUGCAAGGGAAUAUCUGAUCAACCAAGGAAUCUCAAGUCAGGCCGACCUCGACUCUGUGGGAUCUCCACAAUUCAAUGCUCUGCAGCUCAUGGCAGAAUCCGGCACGUUUCGAUUGGAGAUACCGGAAGGAGACAUUGAUACACCUGAAGGUUACGAGUUCAUCACCAGAUACAUCAUGACUACCAUCUACCACUCGACCAACGGAGAAGAAUGGAGGAAUCAAUUGAAUUUUACAAAACCCAUUUCUGUUUGCAUGUGGCGAUCCCUUUUCCAAUUUUCUGAUCAAUCUGUUAGAUUCCUUGGCGUCUCCUGCAAUCGAACGACGAAUCAGGUGCAUGGAUUGUAUCUGCCCCAUAUGAACGCUACAGGAACGCUGCCAACUGAAAUGGGUUUCUUAACUUCUCUGCGAACUGUCAUACUAGACGACAACAUCGAGUUGGGCGGACCUUGGCCGGAUCUUUCUCGACUGACCAACAUGGAAACCUUGACCGCGAGUUUUUGCCGAUUCAAUGGAACCAUCCCAAGCUGGAUUACUUCCUUGAAAAAGAUUCGCAAUCUCAGUCUGGCUUUCAAUGAUCUUAGUGGUAUGUUGCCUCGCAAUCUAAGCGCGUUGGAAGAUCUAUUUGCGGUAGCAUUCGAUCACAACCUUCUGACGGGUGAUACCAGCAGCAUUUGGGAACCUGAAACAAGUUCUUUGGGUCUGAGGGAGCUUGUUCACUUCUAUGUGGAAGGCAACUUGUUAACUGGUACCAUCGAUGGCAACUUCUUGAGGGAUUCAUCGAACUUGACAUUCCUGGACAUUUCCGACAACCAACUUUCUGGCGUAAUACCAGGUCAUCUCUUUCUCUUUUCACAGCUGUUUGUGAUGGACCUACACGACAAUCUGUUUGUAUCCCUUCCCGAAGAUCUGCCGCAAAACACCGUAUUGGACAUGUUGGCGGUGCAGAAAUGCAACUUGAAUGAAACAAUCCCAGCGUCUAUUUCCAUGCUGAGGAACCUCAGGCAUCUAGAUCUUUCUCAGAACCAGUUCACUGGCGUCAUCCCAACUGGAAUUGGAACCUUGACCAAGUUGACGUAUCUCUUCUUGGCACAGAACGAGUUUCUGUCCAAUCCAGUGCCAGAGUGGGUUCAAGGCUUGACGAGUCUAGUCGAGUUAUCGCUCAAGACAACACAAAGGACGGGUCCCCUGCCAUCCUUUCUGAGCGAUCUGGAUCGGCUUUGGUUGUUGGAUCUAGACGAUAACUCGCUGCAAGGAACUAUUCCAAAUUCCAUUACGACUCUGAGCCGCCUUUCAAUUUUGACCUUGAAUAGGAACCAGCUGACCGGGCCGAUUCCAUCCUCGUUUUCGCAGACGAGCAAUCUCGAGCUGAUCUUCUUGGAAGGCAACGCCGGUCUAAGCGGCAAUCUUGGAGACCUCUUUUGCGACAAUCCUAACUACGCGAUGGAUCCACCGACGAUUGUUGCGAGCUGUCAGUUGUGCAACCAGCAUCCGGACUGCUGCGCUAUCUGUUGCUCGAAUGGUGAGGCAUGCAACCCUGGAACGUUCGUCCCUGAUCUGGAUCCUAUUUGGCAGUAUUCCUUCCGAAGAGUGUAUACCUUUUUGUUUCAAGACGAUCAAUUUGACCAGGAGUCCUCGUCUACGGGCAACACCUCCGACUCGAUGGCGGCCAUGAUUCGAAGCAUUGUGCCCUAA